GAAAAGGGUGGCAUAAAUGUGAAGUUUUGUUUGACAUAUUGAAACACAAUUGUGUUUAUUACGAAUUUGUUCAUGUUUUUACCGCAAAACACCAAAUGGUAAACAAUAUAAAUUGUUGAAUGAAGCUGGAAGAAUAUUACAGACGAGGAUUAUACAUUUUCCUUCGAUAAUUUAAGAAAAGUUGUAUCUUUAACGUAAUAAGUUAUUUCAUCGGGGCUUUCCAUGCGGCGAUCGCUGUCAGAAGAGUAAACAAAAAUCUCAACGGAGUGAAGCGUAAAAAUAUAACUAUUUCGUCCAACCAUGUCCCGUCUUCUAAAUCAGCUCGCAAAUACGCUUCGAAUGCUGGAAAAUUGCCUUUUCGGAGGCAAUAGAUUCCCACCAGCUGCCCUAGCAAUGGUUCAAGCCGCACAUAUACCGGAAUCGAGUAUGAACUCCGCCGGCAGGACAUUUUCACUGCGCGAUCUCAUUGGAGACGGAAUAUUGUGGGCGGUACCGAAGCAUCGUCGUACCGUGGAAAAGCGGCAUAAGCGAAAAUAUGGAUCGCCCGAGUACAAAUUGAAAAUUUUCACACCCAAAAUACAUCUCCGAACGUGUGCUACGUGCGGAAGCGAUCACGAAGUGGGAGUACUAUGUCCAACAUGCUACCAAAAGGUGCGAAAGGAGACCGAGUUGAUGCAGGAAAAGAUUCAAAACGAGCUCGAGCUGGAACCAGUCGAUAAGGAGGUGGUGGUACUGUACGAUCGUGAACGAGAUGAGCAGCCAGCGGAAUUUUGGAAUGGAAAACGGAUCGUCGAGAUGGAGAAACCGCGCCCAACAUGGUUUAGCAAAAAUUUGCUUCAAAAAUCAACACAAUCUGCACCCGAACCGGAUGAGCUGAAACCGGGACAUGAAAAACUGGGCUAAAAAGGUUGUUCUUAUAGGUUGUAGUAAAUUUGUAAACCGAACGGAAGCCUCUACCAAUACAACAGUCAUACGUUCGAAUUAAUUUAAUAA